AGAGAGAUCGAAUCUUAUUUAGAGCCGCGAUCCGACAUCUGUUUUCAAAUUUGAUCUGCUAUGAACUUUAUUUUCCGAGUUUGAGGAAAAUUAUAUGGUAUUGAUCGGCGGCACUGGUGCUGUGUACAUAUAUUUUCCUGCCGCCUCGCUUCGAAGUCUCUUACAGCCUCGGCUGUUGACGACUCGACAAAGUAUUGCGCGCUGUUCGGGAGAAGCAGGAGAUUGCAUCGUUUUUUUUACUCUCCUUGUGUCUCUCCUCACACUCGCUCUCUCACUCACUCCUCACACUCACACGCACGCACACACGCGCUCUCCCUAGCCUUUUUGCACACUUUUCACACACACCCACACCCACACCCACCCGAGACAGCGACACGCGUGUUAUUCUUUUGGUUGCACGAAAUUAUUUUGUAGAUCUUAAUAAUAAUAAUACAUUGCGAUUUUUCUUUGUAUUUCUUUGUAUGUUUUGCCAGCGGUGAAACAUCUUCCUCUCCUACACAACCCCCAGAAGUUUGUCUUUUUCUCUCCAUUGAUGGAGACAGCAGACCUGAAUGACGCUACCACCACACUACCUGAUCUCUGGUCUGCACUAUGGACUGUAACUGUGUCAGUGAUUUGCUCCUCACACCUCCCGUCCCGGCUCUCUGGACCCCAGGUAUAGCCUUCCCAGACUGGGCGUACAAACCCGAGUCGAGCCCGGGAUCGCGGCAGAUCCAGCUGUGGCACUUCAUCCUGGAGCUGCUGCAGAAGGAGGAGUAUCAAAACGUGAUCGCGUGGCAGGGGGACUACGGCGAGUUCGUCAUCAAGGACCCGGAUGAGGUGGCGCGGCUCUGGGGGUUACGGAAGUGCAAGCCGCACAUGAACUACGACAAGCUCAGCCGUGCGCUCAGGUAUUACUACAACAAGAGGAUCCUUCACAAGACCAAAGGGAAACGCUUCACCUACAAGUUCAACUUCAGUAAAGUGGUGCUGGUGAACUACCCGCUGCUCGAGAUGGCCAACUCUCCCUUUCUCCUGGGCCAGAACCACUUCAACUCGGCCGCCCAGGACUGCGGGCCCGUCACACCGGAGUCUCUCCAGACUCUCUUCCCCCGGCUCCCAGAAGCCAGCAGCAGGGAGCUCCGCAACACUCUGUUCGAGCGAGCGCUCCCGGGAUCAGACUCGGACAAGCUGCGGCUGGACGCGGCGUUCCCCUUCCUGGGAUCAGCCGGACCCUGCUACUCCAAACCCCCCGGCCUCGUCUCCCCUUACGGACGCACCCCUCCUUUCUCCGAGUACCCCUGGAACUUUAACCCCUACCUUCCUGCCGCCUUCUCCCUCAACAACCCCAAACUACCCCCCAGCUCCCUCUACCCCCCUCACUUCUACCCCAGCCCCCUCCACAGCUCCCUCUCCCAGCUCCCCAACCCCUUCUCCUCUCUCCUCCCCAGCGCAGACAGCUUGGAGAGAGCAGGAGGAGGAGGAGGGACCCAGGGCAGCGUGGGGGUGGGUGGGCUAGCCAGGCUGUGCCUCCCUUCCUACCCAGCGGGGCUAGUCCUGGGACGAGGGGCUGAGGCGGGGGAGCGGCAGGCUCCUGUGGCCCCCAGGGGACGAGUAGAGAGCCCAGGAGCCAGGGGAGUGAAGGAGGCCCCCGGCUCUGAUUCCGAUCUGGAGAUUACAGAUCUCAGCGAGUGCAGCUCAGAGAACGAGGGGGAGGCUUGCGAUUUCGGGGUGGAACCCAGGCUGACCCCUCCCAGCGCCGGCCGUGCCCCCCAGGGAAAGGGAGGGGCGUCUCCGGCUCUCACGCAAGCUCACAAAUUGACAGGACCCCCCGUUGACCCCCCCCAGCAUCGUCCAAGCAGUCCCUAA